AUGGCCCACGGGCUGUACCACGAGGAGUUCGCCCGAGCGGGCCAGCAGGCGGGGCUGCAGGUCUGGAGGGUCGAGAAGCUGGAGCUCGUGCCGGUGCCCGAGAGCGUUUACGGCGACUUCUACGUCGGGGAUGCGUACCUGGUGCUGCACACGGCCAGGGCGAGCCGGGGCUUCUCCUACCGCCUGCACUUCUGGCUAGGAAAGGAGUGUACUCAGGAUGAAGGCACAGCUGCUGCCAUCUUCACUGUUCAGAUGGAUGACUAUUUGGGUGGCAAGCCGGUACAGAGUAGAGAACUUCAAGGCCAUGAAUCUACUGACUUUGUUGGCUACUUCAAAGGAGGUCUGAAAUACAAGGCUGGAGGUGUGGCAUCUGGGCUAAAUCAUGUUCUCACGAAUGACUUGACUGCUAAGAGGCUCCUGCAUGUGAAGGGUCGAAGAGUGGUCAGGGCCACAGAAGUUCCUCUUAGCUGGGACAGUUUCAACAAGGGUGACUGCUUCAUCAUUGACCUUGGCACGGAAAUUUACCAGUGGUGUGGUUCCUCAUGUAACAAAUACGAGCGUCUGAAGGCAAGCCAAGUUGCCAUUGGCAUUCGGGACAAUGAAAGGAAAGGAAGAUCACAACUAAUUGUGGUGGAAGAUGGAAGUGAACCAUCAGUACUCACAAAGGUUUUAGGGACAAAGCCAGAGCUUAGGGAUGGAGACGAUGAUGACGACACCAUAGCAGACAUAACCAACAGGAAAAUGGCUAAACUCUACAUGGUUUCAGAUGCCAGUGGAUCCAUGAGAGUGACUGUGGUGGCAGAAGAAAACCCCUUCUCCAUGGCAAUGCUACUUUCUGAAGAAUGUUUUAUUUUGGACCAUGGUGCUGCAAAACAAAUUUUCGUAUGGAAAGGUAAAGAUGCUAAUCCCCAGGAGAGAAAGGCUGCAAUGAAGACAGCUGAAGAAUUUCUAAAGCAAAUGAAUUAUUCCACCAAUACCCAAAUUCAAGUUCUUCCAGAAGGAGGGGAAACACCAAUCUUCAAACAGUUCUUUAAGGACUGGAGAGAUAAAGAUCAGAGUGAUGGCUUCGGGAAAGUGUACGUCACCGAGAAAGUGGCUCGAAUAAAACAAAUUCCUUUCGAUGCCUCAAAACUACAUAGUUCUCCGCAGAUGGCAGCCCAGCACAAUAUGGUGGAUGAUGGUUCUGGCAAAGUGGAGGUAUUUGGCUAUUUCUGCUUGUGGAGGAGGGAAUCAAACAGAUUAAUUGACAUCUGAAAGACUAGUUUUGGGAACUUCUAUGGCCAUAUCAUUCUUAGAACUCAAAUACAAACUAAAUGACUUUACUUUGGUUCCUCCAGGCAAGGAGCAAAUGCCACAAGAGACGAGCUGACUACAUCUGCAUUCCUGACUGUUCAGUUGGAUAGGUCGCUCGGAGGACAGGCUGUGCAGAUCCGAGUCUCUCAAGGCAAAGAGCCUGCUCACCUGCUGAGUUUGUUCAAAGACAAACCGCUCAUUAUUUACAAGAACGGAACAUCAAAGAAAGGAGGUCAGGCACCUGCUCCCCCUAUACGCCUCUUUCAAGUCCGGAGAAACCUGGCAUCUAUCACCAGAAUCAUGGAGGUAGAUGUUGAUGCACAUUCCUUGAAUUCCAAUGAUGUUUUUGUCUUGAAACUGCGGCAAAACAAUGGCUACAUCUGGAUAGGAAGAGGUGCUAGCCAGGAGGAGGAGAAAGGAGCAGAGUAUGUAGUGAGUGUCCUCAAAUGCAGAACCACAAGGAUUCGGGAAGGCAGGGAACCAGAGGAGUUUUGGAAUUCCCUUGGAGGGAAAAAAGGCUACCAGACUUCUCCACUGCUAGAAACCCAGGCAGAAGACCAUCCGCCUCGGCUUUAUGGCUGCUCUAACAAAACUGGAAGAUUCAUUAUUGAAGAAGUUCCAGGAGAGUUUACCCAGGAUGAUUUGGCAGAAGAUGAUGUCAUGUUACUGGAUGCUUGGGAACAGAUUUUUAUUUGGGUUGGCAAAGAUGCCAAUGAAGUCGAGAGAACAGAAUCUCUGAAGUCUGCCAAAAUGUACCUUGAGACAGACCCUUCUGGAAGAGACAAGAGGACACCAAUUGUCAUCGUAAAACAGGGCCAUGAACCACCCACAUUCACGGGCUGGUUCCUGGGCUGGGAUUCCCACCGGUGGUAA